ACAUUUGAUCGUAUUUUCUUAUUGUUUUAGAAUGCGCUUAUAUUUGCUGAGAGUCAGUGUUUAAAGAGACAUUGAAAUUGAAGGCAACCAAAAUCGAUUGUUGGUUCGGCGCGAUUUGAUAGUUACCGCUGUUGCUCAUGUUAUUGAUUCUUUCUCUCUUGCUCUAACCAUAGCUUGCGCGCGCAUUUUGUGUACUUUUUUUCGGUGGUGUUUGCGUUUUUGUUUCUCGUUCUUUCUUAAUCACAAUUUUCGACGUGCCGUGUGUAUAUUUUCAUUUUCAGCGUUUUUUUUCUCGUCUUUUUCAUUAAAUACAUAAAUUUUUUGGUGCCGCUGCCGCUGUAACUGUGGUAUUUUUCAAUACGAAAGAAACAAAAACUGAGUUGUGAACAUUUUACGUGCGGAAUUUGCAUUAUGGAUUAUUGAAGUGCUUUAGUUUAUCAAAAAAUUGCGUAGCGAUCGCGUCACAUUAAACAGUUAUGCAUUCUGCAUCGAUCAAUUCCGUUCAGCAUCAUUGUUUAACAUAGUUCAAUAAACGGAUUGUAUUCGAAUACAAAUGGAAUUUUUUUUGUUUGUUGGUGAUUAACAAUAACAACGAAAAAGAAAUGCCACAUUUAAGAAUGUAUUGUUUAUUUAACAGUAGUUUAUGUGAUUUGUAUAUGCGAAUUUAAUUCGGAACCAUUCGGUGCUGAAAAGAAUUUUCGAUCGUAAAGAGUAAAAUUUCUAACAAGACUGCUGCUGACAAGAAGACAGACUGCAACACAAAAAUAAUCGGAAAAAAAAUGCUGAAGAGCUCUUCGCCGAAGAGAAUUCAAGAGGAAGACAAACACUUAAAAUCAGAAACAUCAUAUUCACCAUUGCAUCAGGCUUCAAUUGCUGGUGACGACGCAGCCGUUGAGGUUUUACUUGUAAAUGGUGUCGAUCGUUUUGCCAAAGACAACAAACAUGGGAAUACAGCGUUACAUGAAGCCGCCUGGCGUGGAUACAGUCGUUGUGUAAAGCUUCUGUGUACGCUACAACAUACGUCACAUUCGUCAAAUAAAAAGUUUGGUAAAAAGGCAAAAAGUGUUAAACACGUCGAAGACGAAUGGAAAAGUCAAAAUUAUCUGAAUACACCGAAUGUUGGCGGUUUUUCACCAUUACACUUGGCCGCACAAAAUGGCCAUAAUCAAAGCUGCCGUGAAAUUCUACUGGCUGGCGCCAAUCCCGAUACGAAAAAUAAUUAUGGCGAUACACCGUUGCAUACGUCGUGUCGUUACGGACAUGCAGGAGCAACAAGAAUUCUUAUAUCAGCAAAAUGUAAUCCGAUGUGUGUUAAUUUGAAUUUUGAUACACCAUUGCAUAUUGCUUGUGCGAUGGGCAGACGAAAAUUGACGCGCAUUCUAUACGAAGUUUGCGGUACGAGUGCACUGUUAUUGCGAAAUGCACAAGGUGAAACACCACGCGACAUUGCGAUAAGAAAGAAUUUAAAGCCAAUUAUUGAAAUACUCAAUUCACCGCCAACCGUAAAUAAAAGCACCAGCGAUGAUGUCGACGGUCGAUCAAUCAAACAAAAAAAUCAACAACAACAACAACACCGCUGCAGUUCGGGUAGUGGACGCAAUAAUACAUCGGACAGUGAUAAAAACAAACCGAAAAAUUCUGUAAUGAACGAACAUCGAUGUCAUCAUCACGAUCCGAAUGCGACUAAUUCAAAAAUAUGGUCACCAUAUGGUUGCCAUUAUUUUCCCGAUCCAAGAUCAUUUCCAUCGCCAAAAUUGGAAACAUUUCCGAAAGAUCCAUUGAAAUGUGGCGAACAAUACUAUUUAGAUUUGGCGGGUAAUAUUCGGAAAGGACCCGUUGGAAUUGGUAAUACAUGCUAUUGUGGACCAUUUUUCAAUCAUAUCGAACAGAAAAUUAAUCAAAAUAAACGUAGCUUCAAAAAAUACAUGCUUAAAGCAACCGCAAAACUUGAUGGAAAAGUUCAAGAUUUCAGCAAAAAUGCCGACGAUAAAAUUCAAAGGAUUGCCAGAUCGAUAUUGGCUGAACAUCGUGAAAACCAUGGUUUUGACUAUUGGCCAAAGAGAAGUGAUCCAUUGCGUGCAACUGUUUUGCCACAACUGUCAAAGAAUAUGAACAAAGAUGAGAUGAAUAACAAUACGUUGUCGCGUUGCCGAAGUUUGGAAUUUUUGGAAAAUCGAAAAACCACCGAGAUGAAAUUGGAUCAGAACGGCAAAGGGAAUUUACAUCGAAGUUUUGAUUUAUUGAAUAAUAAAGAACAACACGAAGCCAUAAUUCAUCAUACGAUGACUGAUACAGAGACAUUUAAAUCAAAUUCGAUGCAACAUAGCACCGAUACCAGUGAAUCGGGUCAAAAAUCAUCGUCUAAGCAAUAUUCAUUGGAUUUCCGAGAACAACUUGGUGACACAACACACAGCACACUCUCAGAUGCAGAAAGUUUAGAAGAUUUUACAAAUAAAACAAAGGAAAUCAUUCAAAUGAAACGUGCAUCGCGGCAAAAAUUUAAAGAACGAACCAUGAACGAAUUGCGUGAACGACAAAAGGUCGAAAAUUCAUUUUUAAAGUAUCCACCAAAUUUUAGCAGUACAUUAACAUCAAAUAGCAUUGACGAUUUAAGGGAUUAUCGCACAUUUAAUCAUUAUCCAAAUGAUUUCGAUAACAUUUCCAUUGAAAUGAAAAAUAUUACAAAAUUAUUGAGCGCUUCGAUCAUUGAACCGCUUGAAUCGGCACCAUCAACGUCAUCAUCAUUCUAUCAAAGUACCGACCAACUUGCCAAACAACGAUUCACUUUAUACAACGAGGAUGAUGAUGACGAAGGUGGCGGCGAUGAUGAUUCCUCAAUAAAAAGUGAUCUUGAUCAUAAUGACGUUUCGUAUGCCAGUACAGCAAUUGAUAAACAUAUGACACCAGCUAAUCCACUCGGUACAAAUGGUUUUUUCCAAAAUACAUGUUUUGAAAAUCGAUCAAGUUCAUCGUGUGACACUCUAAAAUCCGUUGAAAUUCACAAGACCAAUGGAAAAACGAAUGGAAAUGGUGACGACGAAAUUGGCGAAGACGAAAUUGGCGAAGACGAAGAAGAAUCCGAUACUGAUUUGGAAGAGAUGGUUGAUAAUGAAUCAAAAAAUGAAUCAAAAACUCCAACACUACAGUUUAACCAUCGUACACCAAAAACUUCAAGUCUUGUGUCGGCCCGAAUAAAAUCAUUAUUGGCCAAGAAUCUACAGACAACUCCAAAUAAAAUGCCAACCGUUCGGUCAACCUUAGUUGGAGGUGCAACCAAUUUCAAAAAUUCCAAAUUACGUGUACCUUUGAAACCAAGCGAUCCAACGAAACUACAAAUAAACUCAAAUAUGCCACAAAAUAUUGUCAGUUCAAGUACAAAUAGUUCGAAUAUAACCGUUCACAAGGCCACCGUACAUGAAACACACUUCGAUUCAAAUGACGAACGUACAAAUAUAAAUAUUUAAAAAAAAUUGUGUCUUCUUUUAAAUUAUGGAAUUCUUCCAGUGUCUCCUUCAUAUGACUGUUAUUUAAGAAACAUUUUAUUUUAGAAAUAAUAAAA